AUGCGAUUUUUUCGUAAUUUCCAGUACGAUCGAAAGUUGCGAACAGGCGGCACUACAUCACAGCAUGGUCGUAACCCACCAGUAUCAAGAAAUUCCCUUGACAACAGGUUUGGUGGAGGUAGUAAAGGAGGAGAUAGACGGUCAAUUGCAGCAUCUAAAGCGAAGCAGACGCCGUCAAGUGUGCAGCCGAAGAAUGUUAGCUUGUUAUUGAAGGGCGAUAAUUCACUUGGUGGUUCUAAUAGGAAAACGUGGCAUCAAGGAUCAGGAGGUGGUGGAAAUUCGACCACGGAGUCUUUGAAGUCUGGAUGGCAAAAAGGCAGGGAUGAAAUUCCGCGAAAAAAUUCUUCGGUGGACGAAAAGGUUGUAUCGAGAACAACUAUCAGCGGUAAAGCCGAAAUAACUCCUGAGCCAGAUUCCGAGGAGAUGAAGGCAUUACAAGAACAACUGUACAGGGAAAUUGGUAAAGAAAUUGUUAAUUUACUAGAAAACUACGAUUGUUGCAAUAUGAAGUUGGACGAGUGUGUUGCUGAAAUCUUUAAAAUGGUAAAUCAUGAAGCAUAUGGUCGUCCAAAUGUGAACGAAAUUUUCUCUCGGUUUACUGAAUUUGCCGUUGAGAAGGUGCGAAAACCUCUUCUUCCAAAACUAGGGCAUAUCUUGUGCUUAGCACUGCAGUCCGCUGAAACGAAAUCGGAGGCUCUUGCAGGAAUUGCUAGAUAUUGCACUUUUGCUGUUGAAGCGGAGAUGUGGAUGGAUAUUCCUGAUAUCUGGAGCAGACUGGCUGAGUUGUUGGUGAACGCUGUGUACUGCGAUACAACUCUUAUUUCUGGUGUCAGACCUUCGUUUAAGGAUUUUACUGAUGUUUUUCUUGAAGCUGGUAAAGAUGAUCGAAAGGAGAAGAAGUACGAAUUGUUGGUCAUCUCUUUGAAACGGAUGGCUGAGAUGAAUGCAAAAGUAGAUCCGCAGGAUCAUGCUGCGCUGUCGUCAUUCAUGUAUUCAGCAGAGCUACCAUUUCUUCGGAAUAUUGAUCAAAUGAAGUUGGAUAAUGCCUUACGGGCGUGCCAUCCCGAUGUACCUGGGUUUGAAGAUCUGUAUGCAGUGUUGCAUCAGUGA